UUCAUUGGAGUUGGAGAGCUUCCAAGUGACGGUGACUGAUUGUACGGGAGUUGUGGAUGGCGCCGAGACUACUCUGAGAAAUCUUAAGGCGGAAAAAUGUGAAUGUGUUCAGUACUUUCAGUCUCCCUUUAAGUUACUUUAAAUAUUUAGCAAACAUAAGUAUCAUCUCUUGGAAACACAUUUCUGGAACAAGCUUGAACUAGCGAUCAUCACGUGCGAAAUAAUUACGCAAACUUAAUUGCUUGAAGUCAGCAUUCCAUAACUUCAAUUUGCGACGAAAUGAUUCUACGAUCAAGAAAACGGCUGAUCCUCGUUGUUGUAAUUGUGUCUCUGUUUUGCAUUUACUUUGAUUUAUUGAAUAUCAGAAGGGAUCAAUACUUUGAGCUUUUUCCCAAAAAUCCUUAUGAUAUUUACAUCAGUCAGAAUUUGAGGACCUCUCGUUUCCCUGAUUCAUCUGUAAAAGGGAACGUCAGUCAUCUUGAGUCUGUUGAUAUUGAGAUCGAACUCAAGGAGGAGUCUCGUCUUAGCGUCGUUGGAAAUUCCGAUGACAAUGAGGAAGGGGAUGAACUCAGUGACUAUAUUAGUGAUGAGAUUCCUGAUGACGAGGAUUUAAAUGAUGUUAUCUCCGAUUAUGAAGAUGAUGUCGGAAAAGGUUCUGGAGCUUUGUUGAUGACGCCAGCGAAGGAACAGGCGCAAAUCGUGUACGGAAUGCCGAGAAACGAGGCAUCUAACGCACAGACAGCCCAGGAUAUUGAGAGCUAUAAAGCAAUAGAAGGUCGAUUUGCUAAGAGAUUUGAAAGAGUUCAACGGGUGUGUCAAAAAUACAAGAGUCCUGGAUUCAGCCAAAGUUACACAAAACGACAUUUGCUGUACUACUCGCAGCGCUAUGACUUACUUAUUUGCCUAUCUGCAAAGGUGGGGUCGUCUACAUGGAAAAGCCACCUUUUACACAUGAAAGGAAUUAAUCCAGUGACCAACAACAUUCAUAAAGAUCGCUGGGAGAACAAGAUUAAAGCCAGGAAGAUCCUGGGAGGAAGCCUCGAGAGACAUCUGGCGACGUCGACGAAGGUGGUGACAGUCAGGCAUCCGUUGGAUCGAUUAGUGUCGGCCUUUCGGGACAAAUUCUGUGAUGGAAGGCUUGUCGACAAGCCUCAGUCGUCGGGACAUUUAAGAUAUUUUUGGAGACCUGCCUACAGAUUUUUACGUAAGAAGAAAAGGCCUGAUGGAAAGUUGCAGAUUACAUUUCAUGAAUUCUUGAGGUACGUUAUCCGAGACCAAAAGACGUCGGGAGUGGGAGACCGCCACUGGAGUCGUUUGUUCCGAGGCUGUUCAGUGUGUACCUUCCGCUACAAAUAUGUCAUGAAACUUGAAACAUAUACCGAGGACUUGGCUUGCCUCACUUACUUAUUCAACAUCACUGAAUUCAACGUUCAUAGUCGCAGACAUUCAUUAGGUGUUCCUAAAUCACCCCUCGACUUAUCCCUCAAUAGGACAGAAAGAAAUGUCCGACAAUCGACCCUGCAUUACUAUGACGAUGUUCCCGCAUCUCUUCUUGCAAGUAUUUUCAGUAUCUAUAAGAUUGAUUUUGAAAUGUUUGAUUACGAAAUACCUGAAGUGCUUCGAAAGAAAGUAACAGACUUAAAUAAUAAAAUUUAGAAUGCCUUACUUGUUUUUUUUUCUUGAAGAUUUUUAACCGAUUACUUCAUGUUCUGUUCAGUGCUACAGUCCUUUCAUUUCAUCUGACAACA